AGCAGAAGUCCCCUGCCUGUUCCAUGCCCUGCAAGCUGGGCUCAGGGGGAGUGACUGUUCUGCAUGGCUGGGGCAGACCUCGCCUCCCUCACCUGCCUGACAGGUGCCAGUCUGGCUCUGGGCGGUGGCACAGGAGGCCCGAAAGGCGAGCAGGGCCUGUGCUGGUGGGUGAGAGGCAUCAGCGUCCGAACUUUGCUGUGGGUAGGGUGGGCCUGGUGGGCACUCCUUGGCAGCCGCCCUCAGAGCCUUGAGGUUCAGAAGGGCAUCCCCUCCCUGGAACCCAGCUGCCAACCCUGCCGUCUGUUUAGGCUAUAGGAAGGGAGUGGGACAUGAGUACAGCACAGUGUUGUGUUGGCACCUCUGCUUCCUGGGAUGGCUCCUCUUUUGCAUCGGGAAGUACAGCCGCUGCUUUGAACCCAAGCUGGUGAAUUCUCCCCUGCCCCCUAUCUCUUCUGAGAGGUUGCCAGAGAGGGUCCUCCGUGGCCCCGUUUUCAGGCACCAGCCUCACUGUGCCGGAGGCAUUGGAGGAAGUCUUUGGCUGACGGGCCGUGGGGGGUCUUCUUCGAUGGCUUGAGCAAGCAAGGCAGGCUUCGGUUACCAGGCAGGGCCCCGUGGCUUCCUUCCUGUGGUUUCCUCUCGCCAGCCAUCCUGGGUAUAAUCUUCCUCCGGCCACCAACCUUAUCAGCUGGGCUCCACCAAGAUGGGCUUCCUCCUGCGGGCGGGACUGCCGCUUUGGCGUGAUGCGGCACAUCUUCUCCCCACAGGGUCUUCCUGGGCAAGCACCAGAACUUUGGAGUGGCCACACCCUCACGCUGCCCUUUCCUGCCCUGGGCCUGGCGCCCAGCGCAUGGGCGGGAGAUCUCUGCACUUCUCCAUGGUGGUUGUAGUAAAAGGGGAACUUCUGGGGAAGUCAUGGGACAGCCUGGGAAGGGCCUUGGCUUCAGAGGUUGCGCUCUCCUCCUGUUCUCGUCUUGACGGCUGCCUCCCCUUGAGCAGUUGAAGUAACUUGCACCAGGGACCCCAGGGGUUGGCACAUCCAAAGAAAGCCGGCUGGGCUUGUUUGUUACUGCCUGAGAAUCAAAUCAAAUCUUUGUUAACAGUCAAAGACCAGCAUCGUUUGAAAAGCACUGGACCUCUUCCUGAGGCAAAGGAACCAACCUGUGGAAUGCCCCGUGGGAUUGGGCAAGAAAUUGCAGCCUCGGUCCCCGCCCGCUUGCCCCUGAGGGCUGGAUGCAGCCCCACCCCUGCCAUUCUUGAGGCUGCCAGUGGGAAAGAAAGGGUUCUGGGUCCCACCAGGUAGAGCUGCAGGACCGUUAAGGCUGAGGACAAGCAUGAACCGUUCUGGUAACGGGGUGGCUUUUGCCUGCUUGAGGUGGGGCAGGGCCCAUCUGUGUGUGUGCUCACCUCUCUCUCCUCGUGGCACCCAGGGCGCUCCCUGCUCACUCUGCCCUUCUCCUUCAGCAGGUGAAGCAGACGGGACAUCCCAGCCACCACCAUGGUGGCCUUAUCGCUCAAGAUAAGCAUUGGCAAUGUGGUGAAGACAAUGCAAUUUGAACCCUCCACCAUGGUGUAUGAUGCCUGCCGCAUCAUCCGGGAGCGAGUGCCGGAGGCCCAAAUGGGGCAGCCCAACGACUUCGGCCUUUUUCUCUCGGAUGAAGAUCCCAAGAAGGGAAUAUGGCUGGAGGCUGGGAAGGCUCUGGACUACUACAUGCUCCGCAAUGGGGACACCAUGGAGUACAAGAAGAAGCAGCGGCCCCUGAAGAUCCGCAUGCUCGACGGGACGGUCAAGACAGUCAUGGUGGAUGACUCCAAGACGGUCACUGAUAUGCUUAUGACCAUCUGUGCCCGGAUCGGCAUCACCAACUAUGAUGAAUACUCCCUGGUACGGGAGGUCAUGGAGGAGAAGAAGGAGGAGCAGACAGGGACGCUCAGGAAGGAUAAGACCCUGUUGCGGGAUGAGAAGAAGAUGGAGAAGCUCAAGCAGAAGCUGCAUACAGAUGACGAGCUGAACUGGCUGGAUCACGGACGCACUUUGCGCGAACAGGGCAUUGAUGACAACGAGACGCUGCUCCUCCGACGGAAGUUCUUCUACUCUGACCAGAACGUGGAUUCCCGCGAUCCGGUGCAGCUCAACCUCCUCUACGUCCAGGCCCGAGACGACAUCCUGAACGGCUCUCACCCUGUCUCCUUCGACAAGGCCUGUGAGUUUGCUGGGUACCAGUGUCAGAUCCAGUUUGGUCCUCACAAUGAACAGAAGCACAAGCCGGGAUUUUUGGACUUGAAGGAUUUCUUGCCGAAGGAAUACAUCAAGCAGAAGGGCGAGCGGAAGAUUUUCAUGGCCCACAAGAACUGUGGCAACAUGAGUGAGAUCGAGGCCAAGGUGCGCUACGUGAAACUUGCCCGCUCGCUCAAGACAUACGGCGUCUCCUUUUUCUUGGUCAAAGAGAAGAUGAAGGGGAAGAACAAGCUGGUCCCCCGUCUGCUGGGCAUCACUAAGGAGUGCGUGAUGCGGGUGGAUGAGAAGACCAAGGAGGUCAUUCAGGAGUGGAACCUCACCAACAUCAAGCGCUGGGCAGCCUCUCCCAAGAGCUUCACCCUGGAUUUCGGGGACUACCAGGAUGGGUAUUAUUCUGUGCAGACCACUGAAGGGGAGCAGAUUGCCCAACUCAUCGCUGGUUACAUUGACAUCAUCCUGAAGAAGAAAAAGAGCAAAGACCACUUUGGCUUGGAGGGGGACGAGGAAUCCACCAUGCUAGAGGACUCUGUGUCCCCCAAGAAGUCAACCCUUUUGCAGCAGCAGUUCAACCAGCUGAACAAAGCCGAGCACAGCUCAGUGGCCCUUCCGGUUAUCAUACGCCCAGGUGCCAGUGGGCCGGAAAACUUCCAGAUGGGUACCAUGCCCCAGGCCCAGCAGCAGGUCACAAGUGGCCAGAUGCAUCGGGGGCACAUGCCCCCUCUGACAUCAGCUCAGCAGGCCCUGACAGGCACCCUCAACUCCAGCAUGCAGGCCGUGAAAGCUGCACAGUCCAGCCUGGACGACUUCGAGACCCUCCCGCCACUGGGGCAAGACGCGGCCUCCAAGGCCUGGCGAAGGAACAAGAUGGACGAGUCGAAGCACGAAAUACAUUCCCAAGUCGAUGCCAUCACCGCGGGCACAGCUUCAGUGGUCAACUUGACCGCCGGCGAUCCGGCAGAAACAGACUACACAGCUGUGGGGUGUGCCGUCACCACCAUCUCAUCCAAUUUGACCGAGAUGUCCAAGGGGGUGAAGCUGCUGGCAGCCCUGAUGGAGGAUGAGGGCGGCAGCGGGCGGCAGCUCCUCCAAGCAGCUAAAAACCUGGCUGGUGCCGUCUCGGAACUGCUGAAAACGGCCCAGCCGUCCAGCGCCGAGCCACGGCAGAAUCUGUUGCAGGCAGCCGGCGCAGUGGGACAGACCAGUGGGGAAUUGCUGCAGGAGAUUGGGGAGAGUGACACCGAUCCCCAUUUCCAGAUUGUGGAGAGCCGGCGCCCCCGGACCCUGUCCGCCCCCGAUGCCAAGACGGACGUGCUGAUGCAGCUAGCCAAGGCAGUGGCCAGCGCGGCUGCCGCUUUGGUGCUGAAGGCCAAGAACGUGGCCCAGAAGACGGAGGACUCGGUGCUGCAGACCCAGGUGAUCGCAGCAGCCACGCAGUGUGCCCUCUCCACCUCCCAGCUGGUGGCUUGCACCAAGGUAGUUGCUCCCACCAUCAGCUCCCCCGUCUGCCAGGAACAGUUGAUCGAGGCUGGAAAGUUGGUGGCCAAGUCGGUGGAGGGCUGCGUGGACGCCUCCCAGGCGGCCACCUCUGACGAGCAGCUGCUGAAACAGGUGGGGGUGGCCGCCACCGCUGUGACCCAGGCACUCAAUGACCUGCUAGAGCACAUUAAGCAGCACGCCACAGGCGGGCAGCCGGUCGGGCGCUAUGACCAGGCCACUGACACCAUCCUCAACGUCACAGAGAACAUCUUCAGCUCCAUGGGAGAUGCUGGUGAAAUGGUUCGUCAGGCUCGUAUUCUGGCCCAGGCAACGUCUGACCUGGUGAACGCCAUCAAAGCUGAUGCGGAGGGGGAGACCGACCUGGAAAACUCACGGAAAUUGCUGAGCGCUGCCAAGAUCCUGGCAGACGCGACGGCCAAAAUGGUGGAAGCAGCAAAGGGGGCUGCGGCGCACCCGGACAGCGAGGAGCAGCAGCAGCGCCUGCGGGAGGCGGCCGAGGGGCUCCGCAUGGCCACCAACGCUGCAGCCCAGAAUGCGAUCAAGAAGAAGCUGGUGCAUCGGCUGGAGCACGCUGCCAAACAAGCUGCUGCGGCUGCCACCCAGAUGAUUGCGGCUGCCCAGCACAGUGCCACGGGGAGCAAGAACCCUUCUGCCCAGCAGCAGCUCGUGCAAAGCUGCAAGGUAGUGGCUGAUCAGAUCCCAAUGCUGGUGCAGGGAGUUCGCGGCAGCCAGUCCCAGCCUGAUAGCCCCAGUGCCCAGCUGGCCCUCAUCGCUGCCAGCCAGAACUUCCUGCAGCCCGGUGGGAAGAUGGUGGCGGCUGCCAAGGCUACGGUGCCCACCGUCUCGGACCAGGCCUCUGCCAUGCAGCUCAGCCAGUGUGCUAAAAACCUGGCGGCGGCUCUCGCUGAACUCCGCACUACAGCACAGAAGGCUCAGGAGGCCUGUGGCCCUCUGGAGAUCGACUCGGCCCUCAGCCUGGUGCAGAGCCUGGAGAGGGAUUUGCAGGAGGCCAAGGCAGCUGCACGGGACGGCAAGCUGAAGCCCCUCCCGGGGGAGACGAUGGAGAAGUGUGCCCAGGACCUGGGGAGCAGCACCAAGGCUGUCAGCUCUGCCAUUGCCCAGCUGCUGGGGGAGGUUGCCCAGGGCAACGAGAACUACGCAGGGAUUGCAGCCCGGGAUGUGGCACAUGCGCUGCGCUCCCUCAGCCAGGCUGCACGGGGGGUGGCCGCCAACACGGAGGACCCUCAGGCGCAAGCAGCCACGCUGGACUGCGCAGGAGACGUCAUGGACAAAGCCAGCAGCCUUAUCCAGGAGGCCCGUAAGGCUGUGGCCAAGCCAGGGGAUCCCGAGAGCCAGCAGCGCUUGGCCCAGGUGGCCAAGGCUGUGUCCCAGGCCCUGAACCGUUGCGUGAACUGCCUGCCAGGCCAGCGGGACGUCGACGCCGCCAUCCGCACCGUUGGCGAGGCCAGCAAGAGGCUCUUGGCUGACUCUUUCCCUCCCAGUGCCAAGAAUUUCCAGGAGGCCCAGAGUCACCUGAACCAGGCAGCAGCUGGCUUGAACCAAUCAGCCAAUGAGCUGGUGCAGGCAUCACGUGGCACCCCCCAGGACCUGGCCAAGGCCUCCGGCAAGUUUGGCCAGGACUUCCAUGAGUUCCUGCAGGCCGGGGUGGAGAUGGCCGGGCAGUCCCAGUCCAAGGAGGCCCAGGCCCAGGUGGUGUCCAACCUGAAGAGCAUCUCCCUCUCCUCCAGCAAGUUGCUCCUCGCAGCCAAAGCCCUCUCGGCAGACCCUGCAGCACCCAACCUCAAGAGCCAGCUUGCAGCAGCUGCCCGGGCUGUGACAGACAGCAUCAACCAGCUGAUCACCAUGUGCACCCAGCAGGCACCAGGCCAGAAGGAGUGUGACAAUGCUCUACGGGAGCUGGAGACGGUGCGAGAGCUUCUGGAGAACCCUACCCAGGCGGUCAGUGACAUGUCCUACUUCAACUGCCUGGACAGCGUCAUGGAGAACUCCAAGGUGCUGGGUGAGGCCAUGGCCGGCAUUUCCCAGAAUGCCAAGAACAGCAAGCUGCCCGAAUUUGGCGAGUCUGUCAGCACAGCCUCCAAGGCCCUCUGCGGCUUCACUGAAGCAGCUGCCCAGGCAGCUUACUUGGUCGGCGUUUCCGAUCCCAACAGCCAGGCCGGGCAGCAAGGCCUGGUGGAUCCCACCCAGUUUGCCAGAGCUAACCAAGCCAUCCAGAUGGCCUGCCAGAACCUGAUUGACCCGGCCUGCACACAGGCCCAGGUCCUGUCGGCUGCUACCAUCGUGGCCAAACACACCUCCGCCCUUUGCAAUACCUGCCGACUGGCCUCGUCCCGCACUGCCAACCCAGUAGCCAAGCGCCAGUUUGUCCAGUCUGCCAAGGAGGUAGCCAACAGCACAGCUAACCUCGUCAAGACCAUCAAGGCCUUGGAUGGCGCUUUCACUCCAGAAAACCGUGAGCGCUGCCGCGAAGCCACAGCCCCACUAAUUGAAGCAGUGGACAACCUGACCGCCUUUGCCUCUAAUCCCGAGUUUGCCACCAUCCCUGCGCAGAUCAGCCCAGAGGGGCGCAGAGCCAUGGAGCCCAUCCUUUCCUCUGCCAAGACCAUGUUGGAAAGUUCUGCUGGCCUCAUUCAGACCGCACGCUCACUGGCUGUCAACCCAAAGGACCCUCCCAAGUGGUCAGUGCUGGCUGGCCAUUCACGCACUGUCUCUGAUUCGAUCAAGAAACUCAUCACCAACAUGAGGGACAAGGCUCCUGGCCAGCGAGAGUGUGACCAAGCCAUUGAAACGCUGAACAAGUGCAUCCGCGAUGUGGACCAAGCCUCUUUGGCUGCCAUCAGCCAGCAGCUGGCACCCCGGGAAGGCAUCUCCCAGGAGGCCUUGCACAACCAGAUGCUUACAGCUGUUCAGGAGAUCAGCAACCUGAUCGAGCCUGUGGCAGGUGCCGCUCGUGCUGAAGCCUCCCAGCUCGGCCACAAGGUCUCCCAACUUGCCCAGUAUUUUGAACCUCUGGUUCUGGCUGCCGUGGGCGCAGCCUCCAAGAUGCUCAAUCACCAGCAGCAGAUGAACCUCCUGGACCAGACCAAGACGCUGGCGGAGUCAGGCCUGCAGAUGCUCUACACGGCCAAGGAGGCUGGGGGGAACCCCAAGCAAGUGGCUCACACGCAGGAAGCCCUCGAGGAAGCUGCGCAGAUGAUGAAGGAGGCAGUGGAAGACCUCACGGCUACCCUGAACGAGGCAGCCAGCGCCGCAGGGGUGGUAGGCGGCAUGGUGGACUCUAUCACGCAGGCGAUUAACCAGCUGGACGAGGGCCCCAUGGGAGAGCCCGAAGGCACCUUUGUGGACUACCAGACCACCAUGGUGAAGACUGCCAAGGCCAUAGCUGUGACGGUGCAGGAGAUGGUGACCAAGUCCACCACCAACCCGGAUGAACUUGGCGUCUUGGCCAACCAGCUCACCACGGACUAUGGGUACCUGGCCCUACAGGCCAAGCCAGCUGCCCUCACGGCGGAGAACGAAGAGAUUGGCUCCCACAUUAAGAACAGAGUGCAGGAGCUUGGCCAUGGCUGUGCCGCGCUAGUGACCAAGGCUGGAGCCCUCCAGUGCAGCCCCAGCGACGCCUACACCAAGAAGGAGCUGAUCGAAUGUGCCCGCAGGGUCUCUGAGAAGGUGUCACACGUGCUGGCGGCCCUUCAGGCCGGCAACCGGGGCACUCAGGCGUGCAUCACAGCAGCCAGCGCAGUGUCAGGCAUCAUCGCAGAUCUGGACACGACCAUCAUGUUUGCCACGGCUGGAACCCUCAAUCGCGAGAACGCAGAGACCUUUGCUGACCACAGGGAAGGCAUCUUGAAGACAGCAAAAGCCCUGGUGGAAGACACCAAGGUGUUGGUGCAGAAUGCCACCGCAAGCCAGGAGAGAUUGGCCCAAGCUGCCCAGUCCUCGGUGGCAACCAUCACACGUCUGGCAGAGGUGGUGAAGCUGGGAGCUGCCAGUUUGGGCUCCGAGGACCCAGAGACUCAGGUGGUUUUGAUCAACGCUGUCAAAGAUGUCGCUAAAGCUCUGGGAGACCUGAUCAGCGCGACCAAAGCUGCUGCUGGCAAGUCCGGAGAUGAUCCCGCCGUGCACCAGCUGAAGAAUUCGGCGAAGGUGAUGGUUACCAACGUUACGUCACUCCUGAAGACUGUCAAAGCGGUGGAGGACGAGGCCACCAAGGGGACCCGGGCGCUGGAGGCCACCAUUGAACACAUUCGGCAAGAGCUGGCGGUGUUCUGUUCCCAGGUGCCCCCCGCCAAAACCUCGACACCAGAAGACUUCAUCCGCAUGACUAAGGGCAUCACCAUGGCAACAGCCAAGGCAGUGGCAGCCGGCAACUCCUGCCGGCAGGAAGACGUGAUAGCCACGGCCAACCUGAGCCGUCGUGCCAUCGCAGACAUGUUGCGCUCCUGCAAGGAGGCCGCCUGCCACCCAGAGGUCAGCAACGAGGUCCGACACCGAGCCCUGCGCUUCGGCAAGGAGUGCGCCAGCGGCUACCUGGAGCUCCUGGAGCAUGUCCUGGUGAUCCUGCAGAAGCCAAGUCACGACCUGAAGCAGCAGCUGGCCGGGUACUCCAAGCGGGUGGCCGGCUCCGUCACGGAGCUCAUCCAGGCAGCCGAGGCCAUGAAAGGGACGGAGUGGGUGGACCCCGAGGACCCCACCGUCAUAGCCGAAAAUGAGCUGUUGGGGGCGGCCGCUGCAAUUGAAGCUGCAGCAAAGAAACUGGAACAGCUGAAGCCACGAGCCAAGCCCAAGCAAGCAGACGAGAGCCUGAACUUCGAAGAGCAGAUUCUGGAGGCAGCCAAGUCCAUUGCCGCAGCCACCAGCGCGCUGGUGAAGGCGGCCUCUGCGGCCCAGAGGGAGCUGGUAGCUCAAGGCAAGGUGGGCGCCAUCCCAGCCAACGCCCUGGACGAUGGACAGUGGUCUCAAGGCCUCAUUUCAGCAGCCCGGAUGGUCGCUGCUGCCACCAACAACCUCUGUGAAGCUGCCAACGCGGCCGUCCAGGGCCACGCCAGCGAAGAGAAGCUCAUUUCCUCAGCCAAACAGGUGGCGGCCUCCACAGCGCAGCUGCUAGUGGCCUGCAAGGUCAAGGCAGACCAGGACUCGGAAGCCAUGAAGCGCCUGCAGGCGGCCGGCAAUGCUGUCAAGAGGGCAUCGGACAACCUGGUGAAGGCGGCGCAGAAGGCUGCCGCCUUCCAAGAUGACGAGAACGAGACGGUCGUGGUGAAGGAGCGGAUGGUUGGUGGGAUUGCGCAGAUCAUCGCUGCCCAGGAAGAGAUGCUGCGCAAAGAGCGGGAACUGGAGGAGGCACGCAAGAAGCUGGCCAUGAUCCGGCAGCAGCAAUACAAGUUUCUCCCCUCCGAGUUGCGUGAUGAAGGGCAGAACUGAGCUGCCCCACAGCCUUUCUGCCACCUGCCUCUAUUUAAUGCCAACCCCCAGCAAGGGCGGCCACCCUCAUAUCCAGGCCCCUGCGGGGGCCCCUGCCACUGGGACCACAGCUUCUCAUGCACGAGCCCUGAAGCCUUCAUGCCGUACUCUGGACCACCCUCCUGAGGUGGGGGCCCCCCUCCCAGGAGUUUUCCUUGUGCCUUGGCUGCUUGCUCAGCCUGAGUGCCUUGGGGGGCUGUAGUGCCCCUCAUGGGGGAGCCCCCUUGGGGCUGUGCAAUCUGUGGGGGCAUGCGUUCCGCCCACCCCUCCCAGCCUCUGCAUCUCUGCACAUUUGCCUUAAGGGGGGUGCUGGACUUGUGGUGGUGGUCCGCCCGCAGCCCGUGGCUGGAGGCCUGGGUCUGCUCUCCCUCUUCUGACGCUGCUCUUCAAUUCCCAAGUGCCUGCCAAGACCCCCGCAGCCCUUCCCAGCCACCAGCAUCCCUUGGGCUCCCCCCACCCCCUGAACCUCCUCUGCGGCCUGUUCCCCAACAGCAGGAACUCCUCUUUCCCACACGAGCCCCCGAGUGCAACUGUGCUUGACUGCAUUUUUGGGACCCUUCACAAGCUGAGGCUUCUCACCUCUUUGUAAUUUUGAUACAUCAGUAAGCCAGGGAAUCCAGGGAUGGGAAGUGGGAAGGUGGAGGGAGGGGGUCUGCGUCCAAGCACCUCAGGAUGUCUGGAAAGGUCUGGUCUGGAAUAAACUGGUUUCCCUACUC